UCGGUCCUCUCUGUGUCCCCCCGUUCCCGCUGGCUUCCCCGUCGCUUACUGAAAACAGAGAACCUGUUCCCCUCCCGGAGAAGCGGGGACAGGAUCCCUCCAGCCUUCCCGCGCGGCCUUUGCCUCGGCUGGGCCUGGUAGUGGCUGGGGUGGAGGCCUCGGCGCCAUGGAUCCCUUUCUGACUCUGCUGAACUCUUUCUCCUCGAGGUUGUCGGAGGGUGAACUUGCUUCCUUGAAGUUCCUCUGCCAGGAUAAAAUUGGGAAAAGGAAGCUGGAGUCUAUCCAAACCGCCAGGGAGCUUUUCAGCAUCCUCAUCGAGCAGCGGCUGCUCACUAGGCACGACGUGACCUUCCUUGAAGAAUUGCUUACCAACAUUAAAAGACAAGAUCUGGUCUUGCAGCUAAAGCAGUUCGUAGAGGAAGGAGAGGCUAAUGCACCUGAUGAUGAACCAGAUGUGCAUGAAAAACGUCGGCUGAGGGUAGCUAUUAAAGUCAUAUGUGACAAUGUUGGGAGAGAAUGGAAACAGCUGAUGCGAGAACUUGACUUUUCUGAUGUGCAAAUGGACAGAGUAAUAGCAGCCAAUCCACAGAACUUGCGUGAACAGUUCAUUCAGUCACUUCGAGAGUGGCAGAAAUCAAAGGGAAAAGAUGCAAAGGUGACUGACUUAAUACAAGCUCUCCGGAGCUGUAAGAUGAAUUUAGCGGCAGACAGAGUUGAACAGGAGCUCCAGCUGAUGAACACUGGAACCAGCUGAAAUCAAUAUAAAAACAUUUCCAUGUCCACCGAUGUGGAUGAAAAAAGUGAAAGUGCCUUCUACAUCCCUGAACUGAAAAUCAGUGUAAUUGGUUCCGUUAUUGUUCUGCUGUUAAUUUGUGUGCCUUAAUGAGUUGAUUUGUGGUCAGGAUUAACAUAAAAACAAAUUCCUUUGGGCAAUGAUUUGUAAUUUGAUGCUUCCUUUAAGAGAUUUUUAACUUGUAGAAUAUCUAAACUCCAAUUUUUAGAAAAUCUCAUGUGUUCUACUACCUGGCUGAAAAUGAGCUUUGCUUUGCUGCAAGUACUUUCCAGAUGUGUGUGAAACAUCUAUGGGAUGUUUCUGAGGCAGCUGUAACUUAAAAUUUCAUGGGGAGGUUUUGUAUUUUUAUGUGGCCUGUUAUAUAACUGUAGUGUGAAAGAGAGAAAGACCUCUUAGUUGUGUACUGGAUUUUAUUUUUGAGUAGCAUAAGAUUGUGUCUUCCGUAAUUUGUCAAAUGCAUUUCUUCUCCAUAAAAGGAGACUUAAGACAACUCUAACCUCAGGCUCUAAAACUGCAACACAAGAAGGCUGAUAACUAUUGCGGUGCCUUUUUCUUGGCAGAAAAUGUGCCCAACUUGAAAAUGAACUAGUUUGUAUCAAGUGCCUUCAUCCUCCGGAAGGAAAUGUUCUCCUGAAAGGAUCAGAAAAAAUUGUGCCUGUCUUACAGAGGUUUACAGCAGUCUCUUUUUACUGCCAUGAAAGUCUUAAGAUUCUUUACUAGAAGUGUUUUCAUAACCUAUAUCACGGAGUCUGGUCAUGUCUGCUAGAAAGUUGCAGCUAACCUUGUAAGUUAGCUGCAGUUAUUUACGCUGUUGGCAAGAAAAAACUAGAAAACAAAUGGUUUCUUUAUAGCGGAGGCAUGUGAGAUCCUACUUAGAGCAAAUGAAUAGUACUAACUUUCCUCUAGAGCAACUGUCUUCCACCAGUUUGUUCCCUUCAAAUGUUGCCCCAAAUCUAAUAGCUCUUUAAGUCCUCUGCAGUUUUUUAGUUCAUUGCUGUUCCUUUUGAAUUCUUUGAAAGUGGUUGUAAGCAACUCACAGAGGAAAGAGUAUUUAUGGACAAGACCAGAUUCAGUUUUCAUCUUUAGUUUGGAACAGACUUCAAAGAAUGGCCUUCAUACCUAACCUAAGACUGGAAAAAUUGCACUAGCUUCAAGACAUGCAGGGCUGUAGAGGCCUCCAGGAACUUUCCCUGAUGUGAGGCAGGGAAAAGUUAUCCGAAAUCAUUCCUUGAAUGAGUAGGGUUGUUUGUAACUACAAACAUCCUUCUAACUACGUUAAAUAGAUACUUGAAGAGGAGAGGCUUCUUUUUUGCUGAUGUACCUGUAUCUUUUCAGGUUCUUGUUACAUGGUGCCAUUACUGUGAAGGUUGGGUGUCAGCAUAUAAUCUACUACUGCUCUGCAAAAAUGUGACAUUAACAAUUUUCCAGCUUGUUGCAGUUGGUGCUCCUAGUUUAGAUGAUUGUAGUUAAUGAGAACUGCUGUAAUGUGAACCUUUUAAUUAAGUUUUCUCCCUAAAAGUUUCUUGCAAAUAUUUUCUAAUCAUGGUAUAUAUGAUUAAUAUUUGGUUCGCAGAAGAUAGAUUUAUCAGCAACAUGCAAAGUAUACUGACUGCUGCAUAUAACCAGAGUUUCUUAAGACUCAGUUGGAAUAACUUCUUAAUUGUAGCCUGGAACUUAUCAGCUACAAGAAACAUUCUGCCUCAGAAGAUAAAAAACUCUUGUUUCUUUAGGGACUCCUACAUACUGGAUGUUUCACUGCGGCUGAAAGCAAUGACCUACACUUCAUCAAUCUGUGCAGUACCUCAGGGCUAAUUAAAAACUUUAUUGUGAGGAGGGGUAAGGGAAAAGGGUUCCAUUUGUAAGGAAAUGUGUUGCAACCCAAUCAGCAGUGUUUUAUUUUGGACAAAAAUAGACUUUUUAACUUGA